CUUGUUAUCAGAACAUAACCUAAUUUUUUUUGUAAACAAUCCAAAAUAACACAUAAAACAUUUUCAACCAAUAAUAUUUCAUAUUUCUAUAAUAUAACUGAUUUUCUUUAUACCAUAUAGGUGAAUUUCCGAAGCUAGUCAUACCAAAUAUUCAUAAAAUCCCAUAAAAAUGAGCCAAAUCACCUCAGACGUUGAAUCAUUCUACCAAGAUGCAGCUAAAUAUUGGUCCGAUAUCCCAGCGACAGUCAACGGGAUGCUGGGAGGUUUCGGUAGUAUAUCAAGCACAGACAUCCAAGGCUCCAAGCAACUGCUAAAGCAAUUAUUCAAGUCUAAAUUUCCGCCCGGUAGAGAAUACGCUCUGGACUGCGGAGCUGGUAUUGGCAGAGUAACAAAAUUCUUAUUAACCGAUUUGUUUGAUAAAGUUGACAUGGUCGAACAGAAUCCGAUAUUUCUCGAAAAGGCUAGGAAUUAUUUAGGUACGAAUUUGCUGGACAAGAAAAUUGGGAAAAUGUUUCCCAUUGGCUUGCAAGACUUUAUACCUGAACCCUGUCAGUAUGACGUGAUAUGGGCCCAAUGGGUGUUAGGACAUUUGACUGAUGAUGAUUUUGUUAAGUUUUUUAUAAAUUGCCAGACAGGCCUUAAACCAAAUGGCGUUAUUAUAGCCAAAGAAAAUGUAACUUUCACUGAGGAGAUAGUAGUCGACGAGAAAGAUUCGUCAGUUACCAGACCUAUGGGUCUAUUGAAGGAAUUAUUCAGUAAAGCUGGCUUACACAUAUACCGAUUAUCUAAACAAACGAAUUUUCCUAAAGGAUUAUUCACUGUGUAUAUGUUUGUGUUAAAACCUGAAGAUAGGGUAGAUGAACCAGACGACAAAAAGCAAGAUGAACUUGACAGAACUUUGGAUAACAAUAAUCAAAAUAAAUAAUU